CGCUUUAUCUUCGCUGGAACGCACCUGCACCCGUGGCUCCAAAAUAGCCGCCCCUACCAGCUCAGGGACCCGCUUGCCCCGACUCUCCGGAGAGGAAAAGCGUAGGCGCCGCACUUUUCUGACCUGGGGAAGUAGUGGAGGGAAUCUUCGGUUCCCGUUUUACGACAACGUGCGGCUGCGCGCCGUGGCUGACGGCAACGCCGCGCUUCUCUUGGAGAGGUCACACCGGAGACGGUGUUGGUUUUAGGGUGUGGGGGUCGGUGGCACUAUGUGGCGCGUUUGUGUGCGACGGGCACGGAAUGCAGCCCCAAAGGCAGGACUGAGGGCUCAGUGGACGGCCUUGCGGGAGGGACCCGGAGCGCCGUGCAUGACCCCGCGGUCUGGGCAGGCUGCGGCUCGUUGCAACAGUGCGACCACAGGGUAUGGCGGGGUCCGGGCGCUGUGCGGCUGGAGCCCCCGCGCUGGGGCCACGCCGCGGAACCGCUUACUGCUGCAGCUUUUGGGAUCGCCCAGCCACCGCUGUUACAGUCUCCCCCCGCACCAGAAGGUUCCAUUGCCUUCUCUUUCCCCCACAAUGCAGGCAGGAACCAUAGCUCGUUGGGAAAAAAAAGAAGGGGAAAAAAUCAGUGAGGGUGACCUAAUUGCAGAGGUUGAAACUGAUAAAGCCACCGUUGGAUUUGAGAGUCUGGAGGAGUGUUAUAUGGCAAAAAUACUUGUUGCUGAAGGUACCAGAGAUGUCCCAGUUGGAGCAAUCAUCUGUAUCACAGUUGAAAAGCCUGAGGAUAUUGAGGCCUUUAAAAAUUAUACAUUGGAUUCCUCAGCAGCACCACAAGCAGCUCCAUCUCCAGCCCCAGCCCCAGCCCCAGCCCCAGCCCCAGCUUCACCUCUUACACCUUCAGCGCAGGCUCCUGGUAGCUCGUAUCCCACUCACAUGCAGGUAGUUCUUCCUGCCCUCUCUCCCACCAUGACCAUGGGCACAGUUCAGAGAUGGGAAAAAAAAGUGGGUGAGAAGCUAAGUGAAGGAGAUUUAUUGGCAGAGAUAGAAACUGACAAAGCCACUAUAGGUUUUGAAGUGCAGGAAGAAGGUUAUUUGGCAAAAAUCCUGAUCCCUGAAGGCACGAGAGAUGUCCCUCUAGGAACCCCACUCUGUAUUAUUGUAGAAAAAGCGGCAGAUAUAUCGGCAUUUGCUGACUAUAGGCCAACUGAAGUAGCUGAUUUAAAACCACAAGCACCACCACCUGCCCCACCCCCGGUGGCUGCUCCUCCAACUCCUCAACCUUUAGCCCCUGCACCUUCAGCCACCUGCCCAGCUCCUGCUAGACCAAAGGGAAGGGUGUUUGUUAGCCCUCUUGCAAAGAAGUUGGCAGCAGAGAAAGGGAUUGACCUUACGCAAGUAAAAGGAACAGGACCAGAUGGCAGAAUCAUCAAGAAGGACAUUGACUCUUUUGUCCCUAGUAAAGCUGCUCCUGCCCCAGCAGCUGCUGUGCCUCCCCCUGGUCCAGGAGUGGCGGCAGUUCCUACAGGUGUCUUCACAGAUAUCCCAAUCAGCAACAUUCGUCGAGUUAUUGCACAGCGGUUAAUGCAGUCAAAGCAAACCAUACCUCAUUAUUACCUUUCUAUUGAUGUAUAUAUGGGAGAAGUUUUGUUGGUACGGAAAGAACUUAAUAAGAUGUUAGAAGGGAGAAGCAAAAUUUCUGUCAAUGACUUCAUCAUAAAAGCUUCAGCUUUGGCAUGUUUAAAAGUUCCUGAAGCAAAUUCUUCUUGGAUGGACACAGUAAUAAGACAAAAUCAUGUUGUUGAUGUUAGUGUUGCUGUCAGUACUCCUGCAGGACUGAUCACACCUAUUGUGUUUAAUGCACAUAUAAAAGGACUGGAAGCUAUUGCUAAUGAUGUUGUUUCUUUAGCAACCAAAGCAAGAGAGGGUAAACUACAGCCACAUGAGUUCCAGGGUGGCACUUUCACAAUCUCCAAUUUAGGAAUGUUUGGAAUUAAGAAUUUCUCUGCUAUUAUUAACCCACCUCAAGCAUGUAUUCUGGCAAUUGGUGCUUCAGAGGAUAAACUGGUUCCAGCAGAUAAUGAAAAAGGAUUUGAUGUGGCUAGCAUGAUGUCUGUUACACUCAGUUGUGAUCAUCGGGUUGUGGACGGAGCAGUUGGAGCCCAGUGGCUUGCUGAGUUUAGAAAGUACCUUGAAAAACCUAUCACCAUGUUGUUAUAAGUUAACCCUAGAAUUUCUAGACUCUCCCAGGUCACAUUGGUUCAUUCUUACCCAGAUAUUUAUAUGUUAUUAAAUAGGUGGUUCUUUUUAUUUUAAAGUUAACCAGUUAUUUUUAUCUAUGAGUCUUUCCAGUUAAGUUAUUUGUAAUAGGCAUUACUGAGUUUUUUUUAAUGCCAAUUAUACCCAAAUAUUGUGCACAUUUAAUAACACCAUAUUUUAGGCUUUGUACUCCUCAUCAAGAGACAUGUAUCUUAGCCUUUGGGUGAUAAGUACUUCCACCAGGAAAUGUAGGAUAGGCAGAAAUGUGGUUCCCUAAGCACAGGUAUGUAAAAGUAACCUGGAUGAAACCUUGAAGUUCUGAAAUUUUAUAGCCUAAAAUGUUUUGCUUAGAUGUUAGGGAAAGAGAAGUCAGGAAAAUUAGUUCUCAUGGGAGGAAUUGUUUGAACUGAAGCUUGAUUUUCAAAUUUAACCCUGAAUUAAAUUUUAUUACGUGAUCUCGGUUUAUCAUGGAUGGGAAGGGUAGAGAACUUCACAGAAAAUAAGUGAAAUUUUAAAAGUCUACAUUUUCUAAGACCUUUUCAACCAGUUGUUCUUUGUUUACUUUUCUAUGAACCCCUAAGUGGUUGUUUUCCCUUCUUGAGAUGACAUAAAUGUAAACCAGAUGACUUGGUAUAAUUGAAAAUUUAUAUGGGUAUUUAUUCAAAUAACUUAAAUGUGUAAUUCUGAGAGCAGAAUUCUACAAUAACCUCCAAAUAAAAGAACAUGCUUAUAGAAUUUAACAGAAGUUGUGAAAAUAGAAUUUUCCCUCUAACAUUAACUGGUAGUUAACUGCAAACAAAUUAUCACAGCUUUAUUACUCAAAUAACUCUGGAAAACUCUACCAAAUAAUUAUGGGAUAUAUAUGGAAUAGGUGUACAUAUGUAAAAUAUGGUUACUAGAGUUGGAUAUGUGCCAAAGUCCAUUUAUCACCAAGUCCUAUUUGAAGAGAAAGGAGUGUGAUGGGGAGAUCAUUGGUGAACAGUUUGGAGUGCUAAAAAAUGAUGCCCAAACAAAAUGGUACUUUCUACUUGGAUAAAGUUGAAAAAUUAAAUGUGUAUAAAAAACCAUUGUGUGUUUUUCCACUCCAGCAUUGUCUCAUGUAAAAUAAGAAAGCCCUAAAAUCCUGUUGGAGAGAAAAAAGGUUGCUACCUUAUCAGCCUAAAUUCUUUUUUCCAUUUCGUUAUGUUUUGCCUUUCUUUUGGAGGGAAGGAGGAGGUGCUAUCAGGAUGAUAAAAAUGAAUUGGGAACAUCAUGAUUCCAGACUUGCUAUUGAAAUGAUGUGUUUUAAUAAAUGUUUGGAAUUAUUUAUGACUAUUUAAAAUAA